GCCUUUAUCAAAGUCCACAUCGUACAUUCCUUAGCUUUGGUAACAAUUAACGCAGUCAUUGGCUGGAUUUACUUUGCCGCGUGGACAAUUUCGUUCUAUCCUCAGGUUUACGAGAACUGGAGGAGGAAAAGUGUGAUUGGAUUAAAUUUCGACUAUCUUGCGUUGAAUAUUACCGGGUUUAUUGCCUAUUCUAUUUUCAACAUUGGCAUAUUCUGGGUAGACGAAAUUAAGAUGGAAUACGAGAAAUUGCACCCUUACGGUAUAAUUCCAGUUCGAGGAAAUGAUGUUUUCUUCGCUAUCCACGCUGCCGUAAUUACCGGUUUCACGAUAUUUCAGUGUUUUAUUUACGAGCGUGGUGACCAAAAACUUUCUUGGACAGCGACUGCCCUUGUCUCUGGAUCGUGGCUAUUUGCUAUUAUAUCCUUGAUCGUAGCUAUUGCUGGCAAGCUUAGCUGGUUAACUUAUCUAUACUUUUUGUCAUAUGUAAAGUUAGGAAUAACCCUGAUUAAAUACGUGCCUCAGGCCUACAUGAAUUACAGGCGUAAAAGUACGGUUGGAUGGAGUAUUGGAAAUGUCUUAUUGGACUUUACUGGCGGUAGCUUUAGUUUACUGCAGAUGUUUUUAUUGGCCUACAACAGUGAUGAUUGGGGAUCAAUCUUUGGAGAUCCAACAAAAUUUGGAUUAGGAUUAUUUUCUGUUUGCUUCGAUAUUCUUUUUAUAUUUCAGCAUUACGUUCUGUAUAAAAAUAGGGACAAGGGGAGUGGAUAUGAAGCUCUAAUUGAGCCAUAA